GACUGUGAAUCUUCUAGAAGCAAUUAAGCCAAAGCAAGCUGAUAAUACAGGGCAGAUUUUAAAUCAGCUUUAAAUUGUUGCCUUUUCAUGUAUAUUCUGGCUUUAAUCACUAGGGUUUUAAAAUCACUUUAAAAGUAGUGAACAAUGUAAUUACUUUAACCAGGGAACUUAUAUCUUUGAAAAUAUAUUGUUGCAUACUUUUAAGCACCGUUUUGAUAAGUAUCAAAACCUACUUUUAAUUUUGGGUCGCAAGUGCAACUAAAUAAAUAAAUGUUCAACAAUGAAUGGCAAUUAUCAUGAAACAGUUGUGCAUACAUUUUAUUAAAAAGCAGGUAGCCAAUUAACAAACAAUAUAAAUAAACCUGCAUGUCAUCAGCUGGCGAAUCUUACGGAAAUGUUGAGAGUUCUGCUACCGCUGCUGGCAUUUUGUUCCUUGGCCAAUGGCCAAUGCCGAUUCACCAGGCAACAGGUGGAGCAAACCACCCGCAUUUUCAUGCUGCGUGGCCAGAAUCGUCAGCUCUCACUGAAGCGAACGGCCAGUUCGGCAGUUGGCGAGGUCCUGCAGAUGUUUUGCUCUCCCCAGGACAUUGUGACCUCAACCUGCCAGUCGGUACAGAGGCGUCCGGCGGCCUUCCAGCCAGCGUUGCCCAUGACCUGUCGAGCUCCUCCUGCCGCCUUGACCACGCCUGUUCAAGAUCGCAGCUGUCCUGCCCAAAUGUACCGAGUGGGCUACAACGCGGGCAACAAUCAGUUCCUGGAGCUCUAUCGUGCCUGCUUCAACACGAGAGCCGCGCGGGCGGUCUUCGUGGAGCAUCGGGUGUACGCCAAGCCCUUCUAUGCCGCUCGGCCCUGCGUGCAAUUCAGUGCCGAUGGAGUGAUCAGUCCGGUUGACGAAGCCAGUUAUACAACUCGCAACAUUUACUCUACCUUCCGCAGGCUCUUUGGCAAUAACCAGAACUACAUAGCCAACAACCGGGAUGUGGUCAUCAAUCGUGGACAUCUGGCCGCCUCGGCAGACUUUUUCUUUGGCGAUCAGAUGUGCGCCACCUUCAAGUAUGUGAACGCAGUGCCGCAAUUCAAGUCGAUCAACGAUGGCAACUGGGAGGCCAUUGAGCGGUGGGUGCGCAAUUCGGUGACCGGAAACGCAUUCGUGAAUGUGCGGACAGGGGCCAGGGAUGUCCUCUCACUGACACCAUCUGGACCCAAUCCCGCGGGCCCAGGGCCCAAGAACGUCUUCCUCAGCGGCAACAAGAACCCAGUGCCAUUGUGGAUGUACAAGAUAGUGAGGAACGCGAACAACCAGCCCACCGUGGCCUUCCUUACCCUCAACAACAUAUUCGCCCGUCAACGUCCAGCGGCUCCCAAUUUCUGCCAACCCGUGAACUGUCCAGUUAACCUGGUCAACACAGCACAGGCCGGAUAUUCCUUCUGUUGCAAUCCCGCUACUUUCAGACCCUAAUCCGUAA